AUUAAGCGCCCUCCUUAUUACUCUGCAUCUUGGUGUAAUCCAAAGCCUGCGUCCUCAACUCUGGCUCGGAUAAACUGCGUGGUGUUUCUUUGAGGACCGGUGAGGACGACAAUAGGUGUUUGACCGUGGCGGUUUCUUGUCUGCAUUUAUAGGCGUCUGCAGUCUUGCAUUCUCUAGGGCACUCCUCUCAACCUCUCUUUUUCUUGACAACCUAAGACAACAAUCAUCGACCACCAUUCUCACAAUGGCCGACUUUGAUCUUGGAGCGUCUUUUAUUCCCGCCUUGUACAAGCCGGCAGCCCUGUUGCCUAUUGCCAAGCAUCGAGAAGCCCUCUUGUACCUGAUUGAAACUUCCCCUGUCACUAUCGUCGUGGGUCAAACCGGCUCAGGCAAAAGUACUCAGAUCCCCCAAUUUCUCGAGCAGGCAGGAUGGUGUGCUGAUGGCAAGAUUAUCGGAGUGACACAGCCUCGGCGUGUUGCAGCAACCACCGUUGCCAUGAGAGUUGCAGAAGAGGUUGGUUGUGAGGUGGGCAAGGAAGCACUGGUCGACCCUCUCUUGUCUCGAUACUCGGUCGUCAUGGUCGAUGAGGCCCAUGAGCGAUCCAUCAGUUCUGAUAUCCUCCUCGGGUUACUCAAAAAAGUUCGCAGGAAGAGACCUGAGCUCAGGAUUAUCAUCAGCAGCGCCACGCUCCAAGCCGAAGACUUUCGAGACUUCUUUUCGGAGUCCAACGAAGAAGCACCAAGAGACGACAAAGAUGCCGCAAAGGUUGCCUCCAUCAUCAGCCUCGAGGGCAGAACCUACCCCAUCGACAUCUUGUACCUGGAGCAACCAGCCGAGGAUUACCUCGAGAAGGCUGUUUCAACCGUCUUUGACAUUCACGCUAACGAGCCAAAAGGCGACAUUCUCGUGUUCCUGACGGGAAGAGACGAGAUCGAAAAAGCUGUCCAGGCUGUUGCAGAGCGAUCAGCUCAGCUCCCUCCAGGAUCCGAUUCCCUCCUGCCCCUACCAAUGUAUGCUGGUCUAUCGACAGAGCAGCAAAAUUACAUUUUCGAGGAGACCACAGAGAACUUCAGGAAGGUUAUCUUCUCUACCAACAUUUCCGAGGCAUCUGUGACGAUUGACGGAAUCGUCUACGUAGUCGAUUCUGGGUUCGUCAAGCUGCGCGCCUACAACCCUCAAACUGGCAUCGAGAGUCUGACAGCCACGCCAGUCUCGAAGGCAUCCGCUGCUCAAAGGUCAGGGCGUGCAGGCCGAACCAAACCUGGAAAGUGCUACAGACUCUACACCGAUGAAGCUUACCAAGCUUUGCCUGACGCCAACGUGCCCGAAAUUCAACGCUCGAACCUGGCUCCUUUCGUCCUCCAGCUCAAAGCGCUGGGGAUAGACAAUGUCCUUCGGUUUGACUUCAUCACACCGCCCCCAGCAGAACUGAUGGUCAGGGCACUUGAACUGCUCUACUCGCUUGGGGCGCUGGAUGAAUACUCCAAACUGACAAAACCCUUGGGCCUGAGGAUGGCAGAGUUGGCAGUGGAACCCAUGAUGAGCAAGACCCUCCUCUCGGCACCCUCUUUUGGCUGCUUGAGCGAGAUAUUGACGAUUGCCGCCAUGACAAGCGUUGGUGGGACGAUAUGGAUCCAGCAUGAUGGCGAGAAGAAGAAGACGGAGAGCGCGAAGCGGAAGUUCUCAACCGAGGAAGGAGACCAUCUAACCCUCCUGAAUGUAUACCAGGCCUUUGUGACCAAUGGCCGCAAGGAGGCACGUUUCUGCCACGAAAACAUGUUGAAUUUCAAGGCAAUGUCGCGAGCAGUUAGCAUUCGAGCCCAGCUCAAACGUUCUCUAGAGCGAUUUGGAGUCGUAGUCGAUGAAUCGCUUGCGAGCGGUUCCACAUCCUCGACCGCUGCUGGCUCGGCCUCCAUCAACAAAGCAGAACAGAUUCGACGCUGCUUGACCUCGGGCUACUUCGCCCACGCAGCGAGAAUGCAGCCAGAUGGAUCUUUCAAAAACGUGUCUGGGACAACGGUCCUUCAUGCUCACCCGAGCUCGAUCAUGUUCAACCGCAAGGCUGACUGGGUCAUCUUUCACGAGGUGAUGGAAACCGGCGACAAGACUUAUAUCAGAGAUAUCACCAAGGUCGAGAAGAACUGGCUGCUGGAGUACGCUCCCGACUUUUACAAGACGUCGACUUGA